UUCCUUUUCUAAAACGGCGAAGAAGUCGCACCUUCCGCCUUUAGAGCGCCCUUUGGUUGUAUUUUGUCCUGAAAUUUGACAGAGAAAAUAACAAAAAGCUCUCAUAAUCGCUCACGUCGAAGCUCCAUAGCCUAGAGGUGGGUUUGAUGUGACGCUUUAAUGUUAAACGACCAAGCGAUGUCUGUGGUUUUUGACGGGAGUCCGCUGAAAGCGAUGCAGAGCCACAGUCACACAGCACAGACUGCUCUGAGCACCCAGGAACUGUCUCAGGAGAUCAAGUCUUUCAUCAGUGGCGUUGACACAGUCCAAGGCCGGAAGCUCAGUGUUCGAGAACACGCCCGCUGCGCGGUGCGGCUGCUACGCUCAGUCCCGGCGUGUCGAGGUGCAGUACUGGAGCAUCUGAGGGGCGUGUACGAUGAACAUGUAUCUGCCUUUCUGCACAACCUGGAGACAGAGGGUAAUGCCAGCUCUGGAGUGAGCUCCAACCUGGAGGACAUCAUACAGGAGGUUCAUGGUGUGCUGUCAGAGUUUAUCCGUCUGAACCCCAGAGCCUGGGCCCCUCUGGUGUCCACCUGGGCUGUGGACUUACUGGGUCAACUGAGCAGCAAACAUGCCGGCCGCAGGGUGGCCCCCCAUUCCUCCAGCCUCAAUGAGCUGCUCCAGCUCUGGAUGUCUUGUGCUGCCACUCGGUCCCUCAUGGAGGCUUACUCCCAGUGUUUGGCAGCAAUGCUGGCCUGGUGUCCUGAUGCCUGUGUGGAUGCGCUGCUGGAUACUUCAGUUCAACACUCGCCGCAUUUCGACUGGGUGGUGGCUCACAUUGGGUCUGCCUUCCCGGGUACGAUCAUCAGCAGAGUGCUGGCUUGUGGACUGAAGGACUUCUGCUCUCAUGGUGCUAAGGACCAAGGGCUACUAGUGAUGGGAGUGGACAAAGGCAACAGAGUGCCCAAGAUUGGAUCAGUGGUGGGAAUCCUUGGACAUCUUGCAGCACACCACUCAGACAGCAUCCGGAAGGAGCUGCUCAGAAUGUUCCAGGAGAGUCUGAGCCCGUCAAGCCCUCUGUCUCCCACUUCAUCCUCAACAUCCUGGGAGAGUUCACCUCAGCUUCGUCGUGCUGCAGUACCAUUUCUGCUGCAGCUGGCUGCGAUGUCCCCAAACCUCUUUGGCGCUGUGUCUGCAGAGCUGGUGGAGCUGUUGCGGCCUCCAGUCCUGCUCCAGCUGCAGGCUCUGCUGCAGGGCCUCCCCAGAGAGGAACUGGAUAACAUGCUGGGGUUAGCUGUCCACCUCAUUAGCCAGAGCCCAUCAGGAGGAGCCCGGGUCCUCAGGUUUCUGGCAGACACAGCGACCCCAGCUUCAGUCAUCAUCUCUGGCCCAACCCCGUCACCGAACGAAGGAGUCAGAGAAGGUUGUGACCGCCUACUCCAGAUGCUGCUCCUGCAUCUCCACAAAUUAGUUUUCAAUCGCUCUGAUGGAGCUGAAGUGAACGCCCAUCACUCAGCUCCCUCUCAGCCUCAGAGGGUCAUCCCCUUCCUGGAGGAGCUGCAGUCUCAUGUAGCUCAGCUGUGUGCUGAGACACUGCGACUGGAGAGGAAGCGUCACCUCUGGCUGCACCAGCUGCUGUGUCUGCUGUCAGUGUAUGGGGGUCCCAGCAUUGCCACUGAGGCCCUCUGCCAGCUCCUCACACAGGCCCGCAACCCAGAGGAGUUGGCUCUGGCCUGGCAGCUUCACACCACGCUCUCCUCCUGCAUGGCAGGUCUCAUUCCUGCCGCUGUAGCCCGCUGUGUGGCCCAGAUCCAUACGCACACUCUGGGACCCCGACAACUGAGGCAGCUGCUGCUUAACCUGGCAGCAGCCAUCCAGAGUCAGGAUGAGGAGAGAAGAGGAGCAGCAGGUGCUCAGUCCUCCAUGGCCAUCCAGGUGGGCUCAGCAGUGUCAGGACACCUCCAUGACUUUGGGCCGCUCCUUCUCCAUGGAGACCCGGCUGUGUCUCACGCUGCAGUGCGCCUCCUGUCCUGCAGCCCGUUGCCUCGCACCUCCUCCCCAGCACACUUGCUCCUGCUGUCCCGUGCUGCUGUUACUUACUUCUUUCUGGCACUGAGGAGGAGAGGAGAGGCGGGGAAGGUGGGUAGAGACGGAGGGCAGGCAGGCGAGGCUGUGAACUGCUCAGUCCUGCUUCUGUCUCGUUUUGCAGCGUACUCUCCUCUUACUCUGAAGGCUGUACUCCAGCAGCUGGUUGAGGGAGCUUUGCAUAAAGGCAAUGCCGACCUGUUUGGAGGACAGAUUGCAGACAUGUCUGGUGCCCCUGUGCUUUCUCCAUCUGUGGCCCCUGACUUGGGAGCGUCUUUGCUGGAUAUCAACUGUCGGUUUGGAACCACGGUUAAUUUUUCUGGUAGUGUGUGGUCUGUGUUUCAUGCAGGGGUGAUUGGUAAGGGACUGAAGGUUCGUGGUGCCACACAGCUGCCUGAUCCAUCUGGGGUCAUUCAGAACAUCCAGACCUUACUGGCUGUUGUAGUCCAAUGCUGCAGCUCCUCUGGUCUCAACGGCUCCAUCAAUAGCUCACGAUCGCCGUCUGACCCCGACGAGCCGCCGCCCAUCAACGCAGAGGCAGCCAAGGUUGUUGCAGUCACGCUGGUGGAAAACGUCUGUCCAGAUGUGGCCAAUGGGGAGCUCUCCUGGCCCCCAGAGGAACACGCCCGCACCACAGUGGAGCGAGACAUCCACAUUCGACGUUGCUUCGAGGCCCAUCCAGUGCUCUUCCCUCUUCUUCAGGUGGUGGCAGCCGGACGCCCAGCUCUCUGCUACUGCUCUGCUGUGCUCAGAGGCCUCCUGGCCACUCUGCUGGCCCACUGGGAGGCGUCCCGUGAGGUGUCGUCCACAGACUCCCCGUGGCACCUCCAGGCCUCCUGCCUUCUGGUGUCCUGCAUGGGAGAAGGUCAACUCCUGCCCCCUGUGCUGGCCAAUGUCCACGAAGCCUUCCCCCACCUGACUCCCUUCGAGGUGAGGCUGCUGCUCCUGGCUGUGUGGGAGUACGUGAGGGGCAAUGGACCCAUGCCCCAGAAGUUUGUCUUCAGCUCAGAGAAGGGGCUCUUCUGCAGGGAUUUCUCACGGGACGGUGACGUGGCAAGAUACGUGGCACCGAUUCACAGUGUCCUCCAUAAAAACAUCGACAGACUGGGACACCUGUGCUGGCGCUUCCAGCUCUGAGCAGUAGUGUCAGGCGAAGUGUGAAGAGCAGGUGACGAGCAAGAAAUGCAGACUGCAAAACAGAGAGAAUGCCGUGUUACAUCGCUCCAAGAGAGGACUGCAAAAGGCUGUCGCUAUAGUUCAGUUUCAUACAAGUAGAGCUGUGUGCAUGUGUAUGUGUAUACAUUUUGUACCGUAUUUUUAGACUUGAUACGUUUCUAUCUAGUUUCUGUGAGAAAGACAAGAAAAGGGCACACAUGUAAAAUAUGUUAAUACAGAACUGGCUCUACACAAAAUGGAGCCUCAAUGUGCCAUUUUUGGUUGGAAAAUACAAGUCGACUUUGCUUUGAA